UGUCGCCGGGAUUUCGAUUAAACAUAAUUUUCUACACUCAAAUAAAGAACGAACAGUAGUGAGAGAAAACUAACUAAGCAAAGAGAGAGAGAGAGAGAUGAGACUCUGUGGUUGACAAACUCUUUUGCCUCUCUCACAGACAAAAGAUAACUUAUUUUCUUUUCCUUUUCCUUUUCAGUGGUGGUCUUGCUUAAAAUAUUUGGCAAGAGAAGAGAGACUCUGUCUGAAGAAAAAGCUAAAGAGUUUUAAAGACUUGUGUGAUGAUUCUUAGCAAAAGAGUGUUUGAAGACUUCUGAAGUGUUUAGCAGUAAAGAGAGAGAGAAAGACAAAGAGGAGAGACAUGGUGGGCUCAGGAGUUGGAGGAGGAGAUAGAAGCAAAGAUGCUGUAGGAAUGAUGGCACUUCAUGAAGCACUUAGAAGCGUCUGUCUUAACUCCGACUGGAUUUACUCUGUUUUCUGGACCAUUCGUCCCCGACCGAGGGUCCGUGGUGGUAAUGGCUGCAAGAUUGGUGAUGAAAGUGGCAGCUUGAUGUUGAUGUGGGAAGAUGGUUUCUGCGGAGGAGGAAGAGGAAGUGGUGAAGAUCUUUGUGUGGAACCAGACAUUGAAGGUGAAGAUCUUGUCAGAAAAGCUUUCAGCAAGAUGUCCAUUCAGUUAUAUAAUUAUGGAGAAGGAUUGAUGGGUAAAGUUGCUUCUGAUAAAUGUCACAAGUGGGUAUUCAAAGAACCAUCUGAAUCUGAACCAAAUCUUGCUAAUUACUGGCAAAGUUCUUUUGAUGCUCUUCCUCCAGAAUGGACCGACCAAUUCGAAUCAGGCAUCCAGACCAUUGCUGUGAUUCAAGCUGGACAUGGUCUGUUACAGUUAGGUUCUUGCAAGAUUAUUCCAGAAGAUCUUCAUUUUGUGCUGAGGAUGAGACAAAUGUUUGAAUCAAUUGGUUACAGAUCAGGUUUUUACCUCUCGCAGCUCUUCUCUUCAAACCGAACCGCGACUACUCCAUCUUCUUCCACGGUUCCAAACCAGUUACCUCAGUCUCAAGCUUAUAACUGGGGAUCACACUCUCCAUUGUUACCUUCCCCUAGCUUUCAGAAUCAACUACCAGUACCAGCAGCAUCAACCCGAUUCGGUUUCCUUCAAGAUAGCAAUGCACCUCCUCUUCCUCAGAUGUUUCCUCCAAUGGAAGAACACGAAGAUGACAUCAAAUGGCCUAAUGGUUUGUCACUCUUCAAUGCCUUGACUGGCCGUGCAGACGAAGCUAGUAGGCUUUUGUUUAACCAAGAGCAGCAAAACCCUAUGAAUGUCGAGAACCAGAACGAGUUCUUGAGCGUUGAAGGUCAUCAUCAUCAACAUCAUCCUAACAAGUUUAGAAGAAGCUAUACAUUGCCAGCAAGAAUGGAUUCUUCAUCAUCAUCGACCUCACUCGAUCAGCAACCACCACUGGAGUUUAGGAACACUAAUAAUAACCCCGGAAGCAACUCAGGUUUGUACCCUGACGUUAUGGAGACGUUCUUGAGGUGAUUUGAACAAGUUCAAGAUUCAGGGUUAUAAGGACAGAGAUAUAACAAAAAGCUUUGGAUGCUAAGGCUAAGUUUUAGCUUAUGCUUUCUAUAUAAAUACAUGAACUCUGUUUGGUCUUUCUUUCUUCUUGUUGUUGUUAUUGUACCAUAUUGUCUGAUUGUUUUUGCUUUUAUGCCAAAGACUGUUUAAACAUUUGAAGAUACUUUAAAAGCACAUUACUGA